UGGCAGCGACGCGCUGGGGAGCCCGAGCCCGCGGCGCCCGCAGGCUCGGCGGGUGGCCUCCUCCUCCGCGCGGUCCCCGCGGGCCUGGAUCCUUCCCUACCGGCUCGUGGGCCGUGCCUUUGUCAGCCUGCGCGGCCCGAUCCUGGCCCCGUCUCUUCAUAUCCGGCUCCGGGCUCCUCCCCCCAAGACCUGGGUUCCGGACACCUCCCCCCGGACCGCCCAUCCGUCCUCCUCUCCCUCAGUGCUUGGAAUCUGACCUCUCCCUAACGGUGCUGACCCAGCCCCUAAUAACCUUUGUUCAGACCCCAAACAAUGGGCUGACAUCUGUCCCCUUGCUGAGGAUCGAGGCCACCCUCUCCCCCACGGUAACGGGGAUAACUUAUUUUUCUUCUAGAAUUACGGAUUAUGCAUCUUUCCCCACCCAUUUCCGCUGGCCUGCAAUACCGCAGUUUGGCCUCCUUUACUUACAAUAACACAGAUCUGGAUUCUCAGCCCCGCAGCACCUCAGAACCGACCCUUUUCUCUCUAACGUGGGUCCUGGCUCCUUCAGUGAACCCUGCCCACACCCUCUAUUCACAGGUCCCCAGUCUGGGAAAAGAUGGCCCCACAGCCCCCGAGGGGCCUGGUCCCAGCUCUGCUCUGGGGUCUGAUCCUGUUCCUCAGCCUCCCAGGCCCCAUCUGGCUCCAGUCCUCUCUGCCUCCCCAGUCUUCUCCCCUGCCUGAGCUCCAUCCCUGUCAUACCUGCCGGGGACUAGUCGACAGCUUCAACAAGGGCCUGGAGAGAACCAUCCGGGACAACUUUGGAGGUGGAAACACUGCCUGGGAGGAAGAGAAGUUAUCCAAAUACAAAGACAGUGAGACCCGCCUGGUAGAGGUGCUCGAGGGUGUGUGCAGUAAGUCGGACUUCGAGUGCCACCGCCUGCUGGAGCUGAGUGAAGAACUGGUGGAGAACUGGUGGUUUCACAAGCAGCGGGAGGCCCCAGACCUCUUCCAGUGGCUCUGCUCAGAAUCCCUGAAGCUCUGCUGCCCCUCAGGCACCUUCGGGCCAUCCUGCCUUGCCUGUCCUGGAGGUGCGGAGAGGCCCUGUGGUGGCUACGGGCAGUGUGAAGGGGAAGGAACGCGAGGGGGCAGCGGGCACUGUGACUGCCAAGCUGGCUACGGGGGUGAGGCCUGCGGUCAGUGCGGCCUUGGCUACUUUGAGGCAGAGCGCAAUGCCAGCCAUCUGGUAUGUUCGGCUUGUUUCGGCCCCUGUGCCCGAUGCUCCGGACCUGAGGAAUCACACUGUUUGCAGUGCAAGAAGGGCUGGGCCCUGCAUCAUCUCAAGUGUGUGGACAUCGACGAGUGUGGCACAGAGCGAGCCACCUGUGCAGCCAGUCAGUUCUGUGUGAACACCGAGGGAUCCUACGAGUGCAGAGACUGUGCCAAGGCCUGCUUGGGCUGCAUGGGGGCAGGGCCAGGUCGCUGUAAGAAGUGUAGCCCUGGCUUCCAGCAGGUGGGCUCCAAGUGUCUCGAUGUGGAUGAGUGUGAGACAGAGGUGUGUCCAGGAGAGAACAAGCAGUGUGAAAACACCGAGGGCGGUUAUCGCUGCAUCUGUGCCGAGGGCUACAAACAGAUGGAAGGUGUCUGCGUGAAGGAGCAGGUCCCAGAGUCGGCAGGCUUCUUCUCAGAGAUGACCGAGGAUGAGCUGGUGGUGCUGCAGCAGAUGUUCUUUGGUGUCAUCAUCUGUGCACUGGCCACGUUGGCCGCUAAGGGUGACUUGGUAUUCACCGCCAUCUUCAUUGGGGCUGUGGCUGCCAUGACUGGCUACUGGUUGUCAGAACGCAGUGACCGUGUGCUAGAGGGCUUCAUCAAGGGCAGAUAAUCCCUGCCACCGCCUGCAGGAUCUCCCACCCAGGCUGUCCCCAGAGCUUGGGCCUCUCUCCUGCUGGACACUGAUGAUAUCUCGGUUUGAGAGUGGGAUAAGCACCCCUUACCUGCCUUACGGAGCAGCCCAGGUACCCAGGCCUAGGUAGUCGAGGCCCCUGGGGUGAAAAAGUAGCCUUGAAGUUGGAUGCCAUGAGAUCUUCACCUGGGGGGACUGGGCAGGCUUCACAAUGUGUGUGAACUCUGAAAGUUUCUCCUUAUGGUGGCUGCUAGUGAGCUUUGGCUCUUGCCUGGGAUGAGAGGGGUCCCCACAGGGGUGGGCUGUCAGAGCCCCCUCCUGCCAGCUGCAUGCUGCCAGCUCCUGUUCUGUAUUCACCCCAUCCUCACCCCCCCAUUUAUUUAUUCAUCUCAGGAAAUAAAGAUCUCAGAAAAUGGAAAA